CAGUUCAACUUCCAGUUAUAAUUAGCUGAAAAUAGAACAAAAAUAACAGUCAUAACACCAGAGAAAGAACUUGAUGGUGAAGAUUUGAAAAAUGGAGAAGAUUUCCAAUUUACUCUUCCACCAUGGUAACCAUGAUCAUAAUUCCCACGAACACCACGACUCCAAUAAAUACCAUGGAAACCUGAAGUCCCACGACUUCGAGAGUAAUCCCAUUCCACCGAAAGAUAUUGUAACUUGUCAAGAUGGCUUGCUGGACGUAUGUGUUUUAAGGAAAGAUACAAUGGGCGUCUGCUCAUAUUUAAAGAAAGAGAUCAACGUUUAUGAGACUACGGGUACGAAAAUUUUUACGCUCUCAUCUUCUGAUUUUCCACAGUACCUCAGUGAGACGAAAGGUGGCAUCUUGUUUACAGCAUUAGAUGAAAAUAAAGUAUUCAAAGCUCCAUAUCCACCAUUUACAAAUGUUGCGGACAAGAGAGAUGUUGACAUGGUGCCAGAUCAGAGAGAUAAAAAUGAAUCAAACAAGAAAUCUAGUAGUGCGACGAAGACCACCUCAGCUGGAAAAGAUAGUAAAAGUUCAAAGAAGCAAAACAAAGGCAAGGCAAAGGAAAAGCAAGAGGAGAAGAUGGAGGUUGACGAGGAUGGGAAGACACCCAAAGCAGGAGGAAAAAUGGAUGGUGACAGGACAGCAGACAACGUAUAUGAUAUGAAAGCAGAAGCCAUUUUUAGCACAGGUGAGUGGAUUCCAAGGGGAAUACAUUGCACAAAAUUGGGAGACAUAAUCGUCUGUCUUUGGAAUGGACAGCGAGGUGAAAAAUCACAUGGAAAAGUCGUGAAAUAUAGCAAUGAUGGAAAAGUAAAGAAAGAAAUUGACAUUUGCCACCACAAACCUCUCUACGCAUGCCCAAUGUACGUCACAGAAAACCACCACGAGGAUAUUUGCGUCUCGGAUUGGAUGAAGAAAAGUGUUAUUGCUGUCAACCGGUCGGGAUCGAAAAAGUUUGAAUAUGAAGGGCACAAGGAGCAAAAUGACGAAGAAAAGAAAUUUGAUCCAAGAGGUUUGGGCACGGAUUCUUUCAGCAACUUUAUUAUCGCUGAUUAUUGGUAUCACCGACUUCAUAUAUUGAACGAAAGUGGCCAUUUUCUAAGAUUUAUAAUCUAUGACAACAUACGAGGUCCAACCGGAGUUUAUGUAGACGAAAACAACAUGCUUUACGUCUGUGAACUGGGUGGAAAGAGCAUCAAUGUGAUAAAAUAUUUGAGAUAAGGAAUUGUCUCUAGUUAACUCUAAUUCUUAUAUACAUUAUAAUAUAUUAUUUAGUAAGUAAUGUUAUUGUAGUGUAUGUAGAGUGAUGUGUAUUUCAUGUGUUUAAUGUUAAACUCUACUGAUUAAAAUUAAUUGAUGGAUUGA